GUGCUUCAUCGCCAGUGCGGACGAGGCGCUGAUGAUUUCCACCUACACCUCAAUCGCCUCCGAAUUCCAGCAGCUCACCCUGGGAUCCUGGCUAUUAGUCGCGUACAAUUGCGGAAGUUGUGUUGCAUGCCCCGUGAUUGGCGCUCUGUGUGACAUUUACGGUCGCAAGAAGACACUGUUGGGAUCGUAUGCUGUUUUUAUUGCCGGUAGCUUUCUAUGCGGUGUCAGCGGCUCUCUGGUUACCUUGGCCGGGUCGAGGGUGAUCGCUGGUGUGGGCGGCGCUGGGAUGGUGGCAAUGACCUCCAUUGUAAUCACAGAUUUGAUUCCGCCACACGAGGUGGCAUUGUAUGAUGGCUAUUCGAGCACUAUCAAUAUGCUUGGCCGCAGCAUCGGUCCUCCCCUCGGUGGGUUUCUGACGCAGACAGUCGGCUGGCGAUUGUCGUUUUUGGGCCAGAUCCCGUUCGCCGUGUUGUGUGUUACUGUUAUGAUGUGGGGUGAACCAGCACCACUCGCUCACCUUGACCGCAGAGUGCAUCAAGAGCCCAAGGAGUCACAUAGCAAGAAUAUUGAUUUCUCUGGUAUGCUGAUUCUGACACUUAUGGUUGUGGCUUUGAGCGCUCUGGUAGAGUAUGUGACUGCGCCUGAUGCAGAGGGCCAGAAUGCAUUGAUCAUUUUCUUUCUCUUGGUGGCUACCCUGGUCGCUGGUGUUGGGUUCGCUAUUGUGGAGGGAUUCUACGCAACGAAUCCGCUGCUACCGGUGCAUCUAAUGAAAGGACCGUUUGGGGCUUGGUGUCUGAUGGAGCUUCUGAUCUACAUUGGACGUGGUGCGCUCUUGACGCACCUGACUCCGUAUCUCAUCCGUGUAGAGGGCUGGAGCGAUGCUUGGGCAUCUUUUGCUUUUGUUGGAAAUGUCCUGGGUAUCGCAUCUGGAGGACUCGCGGCUGGAUACGCGAUAAAACGAUACAAGAGAUAUCGCAAACUCGGGAUACUUUCUCACGCUCUCACCACUCUUGACUACCUUCUCAUUCUUCUUGGGUGGCGCAAUGGCUGCACGAUCUGGCAAGCCGGCCUGCCCUCACUGCUGGGUCUGGGAACCGGGCUCAUGUACACCGUCAAUUUCAUCGGCUUGACCACCACCUCGCCAAAGGAAAGCAUGCCCGCGUGUAUUGGUACGAUUGAACUUUGUGAGUCGCUCGGGUUCAUUGUGGGUCCUGCCAUUAGCACCGCAAUGAUCCAGAAGAUGUUUGCACAUAGUCUUGCGGUGACCAUGCCUAAGGUACCAGGCCUGUUCGAGACAAUCCAUCGCAUUCUCGACGACGCGCGCUUUUCCUUUACCCUUGGCAAUGCCAUUCAGCACAUCACGCGGACCAGCUACCUGCAGGCUUUCCAAUAUGUACCACUCUUGGCCGCUGUUUGUAGCGGGACAGCGCUGGCUAUUUUCUUACGCACCAAUACUGGCGACUUGGUGAAAUAACUUAUGAUCUGAUUGUCAACUCCAUGCCGAUGAAAGUAUCUUGAUGCAGCCAACGGGGAUAACAAAGCUACUCCUUUCAGUUCUGCACUGUAGUCAAUAUAGGAGCAAUGCACAGGCCAGAUCAAAUGUUCCU